AUGGGCCCAUUCGAGAGAUGGACACGUGAAGGUGGGCGAGGGCGGGCGGGCGGGCGGGCUGGAAGGGAUGCCGAGGGGGCCUCGGAUCUCGGGCACAGAAAUCGCCGUGGGGAACAUGCAGUCCAAACGAGCGGCCCCCAUGUGCACCAGCAAGCAGGCAGAGCGGAGAAUCUGCAUAAUGAUGGACGGCGUUCGCGUUGGGAAGGGACGAAGCUCGCAGUAAUGCUAUGCUGGCUUGGGCCUGCUGCGCCGGUAUGGCUGGAGGACUUGUGUCAGAGCUCGGGAGACCGGCUGAAUUCGGUGGCAUUGACUCCAUUCUCGCUUUCGAUGAUUCGAUCUGAUUUGAGCUGGAGCUGGAUGCGUAUCGCACGAGCGUUUGGAUGUCCGUCGCGCAGCUCUUUUCUGAACCACGCGCCGCGCAACUGACUGCGCUGAGUCCUUCUCCGAAUCGGAUUUCGCGACUGUAGGAACUUGUGAGGAAUGCGCAUCCAACGUGAGCUGAUGCGAUCUGGAUUCUCUUGACACUUGCAGGUCGCGGUAGGAGCUUGCUGUCAGUACGUCGAAGAUGCUCUCACUCGGACGAGUGAAGACUCGGCAUGUACGUCAAGUUUUUUGGAAACAAUCUCGACUGGCUGCCCUUAAUGAUUCAAAGAGCUCCGACCAGAUCGAAGUCCUGCACUGACAAGAGCAAGCCUUCACGACGGGUAUGGACUCGUUCCGUCCAAUGAGAAAUUCGACAUGUUGCUCCUUUAAUACUCUACAAACAUCGACGACCAUAAGUUCACACCAUAUGUGGCCCAAGAGGUGGUACAGACCAUUCCGGGUCCUUGUAUCAGGGACUACAUUUCAACAGCAUUCUGACAUCAGAUGACUGAGACUACAAGGUAGAGUAAUAAUGCAGAGAAGACAAUUUUUUCUUGUCGAAUAGCCAGACGAAUUCGCGAACAGAGUGUUGGGACGAUGAAAGAACAGAAAUGAAGAUGUUUGUAGAACUUGAUCCACAUGUUACUCACGUAACCCUCAACGAAACAACAUCUGCAGUUAUAAAGGAAGCCAAUCCUUUCAAACGCAGCACGAUGUGAUAGUAUUAAAAGUGUAGAAGAUUUGUUCUGUUCGCAGGAUCCAUUGCAAAAGGCCGGUCUACAAAUGUCCAGGGUGCCAUCUCUGGGCCAAGAAAUAAAACCAGUCCUAAAAGAAUAUGCUGUUGUGCAAGCAAAGUUUAUACGUGAGGCUCUUCUGUAAUGAAUGGUCUAUACAAAGAGCUAACUUGGUAGAUAUUUGAGCAGCACGACGACUUCGAACCUGCUGAAUUAAUACUCUCGCUCAAGAAAUUCAGCUAAUUCAACCUCCUCAUCGAUUCCACUAGCAUCUAUUUUAGGCUUACGUUUUUUCUUAACUAAAUUGACUCUAUACAUUGGCGGUUUCCCAACUCUUUUG